CCGUCAUUCAUGGCUUGGACCACGCAGCCAUAGGAUGGACUAUCAACUUGCCUGCAGGCACUGAAGCAGCUUCAUAAACACCAUCUGUGAGCCAAGGUCCUUGCACAGCAGUAUUUCUGCUCAGAAAAAAGAUUUACAGAGACAUGGAGCUUGAAAGAAUCAUUCGAGACACACUGACACACUUUAUCCAGUCCCACAUCCCUGCAGCAGACCUCAGUGGGAUGGAUGAUGUUUUCUUCUCUUACAUCACGGGUGUCCUGGAAGAGCUGGGCUCACCAGAGUCCUCUGAGGAGACUUUUGACAUGGACACCUUUGUGGAAAUGAUGGAGGCAUAUAUUCCUGGUUUUGCAGAAAUCCACAGUGGGGACAUUUGUGAAAUGAUGUUUUCCCUCUCAGAAAGGCUUGUUGAAGCUCGCAGCAAAGAAAAACCUGGCCAAAAGGCUGUGGAAAGCAGAAGCGAAGCACCCUCUGAAGACCUGACCAAGGGCCAGGAGCCUGGAGCUGGAGCCUGCAACGGGGAAAGGCUGUGCACAGUAACAAACGGAGCCGGGGCCAAGGAAGACAAUGACUUGAAGGAUGGGGUGGAGCUGCUACUGGAGAUGUUCCCAGCGUGUACCAUGAUCCAGGCAAAGAAUGCACUUGCCAUGGCCUUGGGGAACUUGGAGGAGGCAGUGCAGUUGAUUGUGGAGGAGAAGGUGGAAAUUGGCCCAGCAGGUGUGAGUGUGAAGGAACUGGCUCGGCCCCGGAGAGCACCCAACCACGAGGAACUAAAACAGGUUAUCCUACAGAAAUACAUGAUGGUGGAUAGUGCAGAUGAUCAGAAAACACAUCGGCCAGCUCCACCCAAAGAGGCUCCCAAGAAGCUGAUCCGCUAUAUUGAUAACCAGGUGGUGAGUACAAAGGGAGAGAGGUACAAAGACAUCAAGAAGCCCGAGAGCGAAGAGAUGAAGAGAACCUACAUCAGCCUCAAACCAGCCAGGAAGUACAAGUUCCACUGACAGCCAGGUCCUCCUGCUCAUCGUCCUCCACCUUGCCAGCCACAUAUGGCAGGAUGGACAUGUGGCACUAGGGAUGAGGGGACUCCUCCACCUGCCACUAACUGGAACUAACCUGGGAGCCUGGACAUUGCUUUCAGCUUCCUGAACUAACCCAGAUGACAAGGAGGAGACUUCUCUCGUGCAGUGGUCCCUCUGUCCCCAGAGGCACACUACAGUAGCUCUCCAGGGCCUGGGUUUUCUCUGCUAUUCUUUGCAUGGGACAUCUUUAGAUCUGAGAUGUGGCUUGUGCUUUUGCAGCAAGCGUUUUACAAGUCUGUGUGCACUGCUGCUUUAAAUGGAGUGCCAAUGUUAAUAAAGAUGUGACUUGGUGUGUAGUUCAGCUGGAGCAUGCACAUUCUUUACAGACGUGGACUCCAAUCCCUCCUGGGGCCAAAGACUGAAGCAGGGUCAUCCUCCCUUCAUCAUGUUCACAAGAUGUGGCAAUUUGUUUAAGUGCCUGGCAGAUAAAAGGCAUGAGGCUGAAUUCCUAAACCAGAGCUAGGUUCUUCCUGCCAACACAACCUGCAGCACUCCAUAAACUUCAGCUGACAGCACACUCAGGGCUCCUGUCAUUUCUCACCACUGUUGAGCACCAAAGCUUGAGCCACAUGAUA